AGCGCUCGUCGAAGCGCACGCGGAUUUUCCACUGCCGCUGCUGCUGCUAGUGGAUCGCCGUGAUUGCGUCCGUCUAUAUCUUGUCCCCGUUUAGCAGUGAAUCUUUCUGCCCAGUAACUUUGGGAUGAGUUUCUAUUCUCGCCAUCCGAACACACAAUGAACUACUUAAGCAAUCUGAACGUCUUCAAACGGCGUCGCAACACCUCGUCCACCGACUCGUCACCGGCCACGCCGGCAACGACGUUCACCGACGUUGCCGGUUCUUCCUCCCGGGGGCCACCGGCUGGCGCCCCGGAGCCAGCUGUCACCAAUGCGGACACUCCGCAGCGCAAGAAAAAACGCAAGAGUACACGUAAACGUACGGUUUCCGUUGUUCCCAUCAGCGAGGUAACGGAGGCAUCGCUGGAGUUAUGGCGCACGCUGCCACCGAAGAUUCGUCAGGAUCCGAGCAUGGUGUCCUUCCAGCAGGUCGAGCUGGAGCACGCCCGAUUGCACGGAGACUGCCACGAGGAUUCGUUUCCGGAAAUUCAAGGACUCGAGGAGGACGGCGAUGAAGAGGAUGAUGGUGAAGAGGAGGAGGAGGAAGACGAGGAGUACGAGAACGAGUUCAUCACCAUCAACGUCACCAACGAGGAGGGCCAAAACAAGGAAAUCGGUCACGUGAAGGAGAAGAAGGAAAUUCCGAAACCACACGUGCACCACUUGGCCGGUCAUUACAUCGGCAACAUUACGCCCCCGAAGCACGACGACCUGAACGAUACCGGGCAGAACCAGCUGGACGAGGACCACCCGUUCCGGAAGUACUCGAAAAUUAUCUGCCUCUUCAUCACGUGGCUGCUGAUCAUGGCGUUCAUGGUGGUGAAGGACGAGAAGCUGGUCGAACCGAAGCAUCUGUCGAUUGCACCGUUCAAAACGAAGGCGUACAUUUUGCCGCACCUUCCGCAAAGCUCCCGUAUCAAGGUGACGCUCGAGGGGACGUUCCUGAGCGAGCCGUACAACAACAUCACCGAGCACUACCUGACGGUGUACCUGCAGAUGCUAUCGUCGACGCUGGAGACCAACAUUUCCGACCCAUUUGCAUCGAGUUCGGCGAAGAACAUCAGCGAACCAUGGUUCAUCCCGAUCGUACACCCAUACCUGUUCGACAGUGCGCCGAUCGUGAAGGAGCAGAGGCUGUUCGACAUCGCUGACAGCAACUACGAGCAUCUGCACCAAGCGAACCAUCCCAGUCUGGUGCGGCUGAUGAUCCGGAGCAAUAUUCCGGCCAGCAUGCCGGUUGCGAUCCGGUACGAUCAGUCACCGGUCAAUCGAGACGUCGGCGUCAUCUACGCCGCGUUCGUGCUCAUCUUCCUGUACGUGCUGAUCAUCUGGGAGAUCGUGCACCGGACGUUUGCGGCCGUCAUUGCGUCGACGCUGGCCAUCUCCAUCUUAGCCGCGCUGAACGAUCGACCCACCAUGGAGGACAUCAUCGGGUGGAUCGAUGUGGAGACAAUUCUGCUACUGUUUUCGAUGAUGAUCCUAGUGGCGAUCCUUGCGGAGACCGGUAUCUUCGAUUUCCUAUCGGUGUACAUCUAUAAGGUAACCAACGGAAAGAUUUGGAGUCUUAUACAUUGUCUAUGUUUAUGUACGGUGUUGAUUUCAUCGUUCUUGGACAACGUUACAACAGUUCUCUUGAUGGCUCCCAUUACUAUACGACUUUGUGAGGUUAUGGACAUGAAUCCGGUCCCUAUACUGAUGGCAAUCACUGUCCAUGCCAACAUCGGUGGAACAACGACACCUGUGGGUGAUCCACCGAACAUCAUCAUUACAUCGAACCAGUAUAUUUUGAAACACGGAGUAACUUUCCUCAAUUUUACCGCGCACAUGCUGGUUGGUGUCAUCAUCGUGGUUAUCACGACCAAUAUCCACCUCCGUAUCAUCUACAAGAACAUCAAUCACCUGCGCAUGCACGAACCAAAAGAGUUAAAGGAGCUGCGGCGCAAUAUCAAGGUGUGGGAGCGGGCCGCCGGUAAGAUCCCGCCGUACUCGAAGGAUGCCAACAUCGUGCGGGAAACGCUCAUGAAGAAGGUGAAACUGUUGCGCCAUCAGUACAAGAAAAAGAUGACCAAGGGAACGGUGCCGGAGGACAUCUACCGGUCGACGCUCGAGGAACUGCAGCGAGAACACCCGAUCAAGAACCGCCCGCUACUGAUCAAGUCCGGCGUGGUGUGCGUCUUCAUCGUGUCGCUGUUCUUCAUCGAGUCCAUCCCGGAGCUGCGUCGCCUAUCGUCCGGUUGGGCCGCACUACUCGGUGUCGUGCUGCUGCUGAUCAUCUCCGACAAGAACGAUAUGGACGCCGUGCUAUCGAGGGUUGAGUGGCCGACACUUCUGUUCUUCGCCGCCAUGUUCACCCUGAUGGAGGCGGUGGAACGGAUGGGAUUGAUCGAUUGGAUUGGGCACGCGACGGAAACGAUCAUCCUGUCGGUGUCGGAGGAUCUCCGGCUUGCGGUGGCCAUCAUCAUAAUUCUCUGGAUAUCGGCCCUGACAUCCGCCUUCGUGGACAGCAUUCCCGUGACGGCGAUGAUGGUGAAAAUCGUCGUAGCUCUCUCGGGCAAAGCGUACUUGGGAUUGCCACUCCAGCCGAUGGUAUGGGCGUUGGCAUUCGGUCCGUGUUUGGGAGGCAAUGGAACGCUCGUCGGCGCGUCAGCUAACGUCAUUUGUGCCGGGAUCGCCGAACAGCACGGUUAUCGGUUCAGCUUUAUGGAUUACUUCAAACUCGGAUUCCCUAUCAUGUUGGUCAGCGUAAUUGUCACCACCGGGUACCUGAUAAUGGCCCACGUUGUCUUCACCUGGCAUUAGGUCGAAAGGAUCUAUUCGUGUAUUACCUCCGAGAGGCAACGGUUAAUGAGAGAAAACUCUGCAACGAUACACGGCUACCAGGAGGAUACAAAUACUUGUUGUUCAUCCGUCUGAUUGUUGUUUCUUAGAAAAUCCAAUCUACCACCCACCAAUCUUACACGCAAAUGGAUCACACGUCUAGCAACAAGAAAGAACCGAGUGAAAGGUGGCAUCGAACCAGUACGUUCUAAACGUGUUCUUUGCAAUGCAUUUUAAGCUAGAGUGUGCGUGUGUACGAGGCAAAAGGAACAGGAAAACCGAUUGAUUUAAAAUCAAGUCGCACGGAGAAGGGGCCAUCUUAUAGUGCGUAUUUUGCCACCUUUACCAUUUAAGCACCCGAAGAAAGAUUGAGAUUGCGAUGAAUGUGUUAAUUUGUAGUUCUUUUUUCCCUUUCUUUACGAAUUUGGAUACCAAAAUGUGUACACAUUUCUUUUUCGCGAUGCGAAUAAAGACGGAAGAAGACAA